AUGUCCGCCCCGGGAGUGAAUGCAUCGGGCGCGCCGUUCCCGAGCCGGGUGAACAGCCCCGUGACCAUCCCGGCCGUGAUGUUCAUCUUCGGGGUGGUGGGCAACCUGGUGGCCAUCGUGGUGCUGUGCAAGUCGCGCAAGGAGCAGAAGGAGACGACCUUCUACACGCUGGUGUGCGGGCUGGCCGUCACCGACCUGCUGGGCACGCUGCUCGUGAGCCCGGUGACCAUCGCCACGUACGUCAAGGGCCAGUGGCCCGGGGACCAGGCGCUGUGCGAGUACAGCACCUUCAUCCUGCUCUUCUUCGGGCUGUCGGGGCUCAGCAUCAUCUGCGCCAUGAGCAUCGAGCGCUACCUGGCCAUCAACCACGCCUACUUCUACAGCCACUACGUGGACAAGCGGCUGGCCGGCCUCACCCUCGUGGCCGUGUACGCGUCCAACGUGCUCUUCUGCGCGCUGCCCAACGUGGGCCUGGGCCACUCGCGGCUGCAGUACCCCGACACCUGGUGCUUCAUCGACUGGACGUCCAACGUGACGGCGCACGCCGCCUUCUCCUACAUGUACGCCGGCUUCAGCUCCUUCCUCAUCCUCGCCACGGUGCUCUGCAACGUGCUGGUGUGCUGCGCGCUGCUCCGCAUGCACCGCCAGUUCAUGCGCCGCACCUCGCUGGGCACCGAGCAGCACCACGCGGCCGCCGCCGUGGCCGCCGCCGCCUCCUCCGCCUCCUCCUCCUCCUGCCUGGCCUCGUGCCGGGGACCCCCGAUCGCCGCCCCCGCCGUCCCCUCCUCUUCCCCGGCCCUGUCGCGCCUCGGGGACUUUCGCCGCCGCCGGAGCUUCCGACGCAUCGCGGGCGCCGAGAUCCAGAUGGUCAUCCUGCUGAUCGCCACCUCCCUGGUGGUGCUCAUCUGCUCCAUCCCGCUCGUGGUGCGCGUGUUCAUCAACCAGCUCUACCGGCCACCUUCGGAGAAAGACAUCAGCAAAAACCCCGAUUUGCAAGCUAUCCGCAUUGCUUCCGUGAAUCCCAUCCUGGACCCCUGGAUUUACAUCCUGCUGCGGAAGACUGUGCUCAGUAAAGCCAUAGAGAAGAUUAAAUGUCUCUUCUGCCGCAUCGGUGGGUCUCACCGGGAACGCCCGGGCCAGCACUGCUCGGAGAGCAGGAGGACAUCGUCGGCCAUGUCCAGCCACUCUCGCUCCGUCCUCUCCCGGGAGCUGCGCGAGGUGAGCAGCACCUCGCAGACCCUCCUCUACCUGCCCGACCUCAGCGACAAUGGCCUUGGCGGCAGGAACCUGCUUCCAGGGAUGGCCGGCGAGGGCCUGAGCCACGCGGAGAGCACCUCGCUGAGGACUUUGCGGAUCUCAGAAACCUCAGACUCAUCCCAGGGGCAGGACUCGGAGGUGUUACUGGUGGGCGAGGCCGGAGAGGGGAGCGGGGCCGGGCCUGCCCCCAAGGGGAGCUCCCUGCAAGUCACCUUUCCUAGCGAACCUCUGAACGUCUCGGAAAAAUGUAUCUAGUGGCCAAGGAAAGAAGAAAGGCCGCGUGGUCUUCUUAGAUGGCUUCCAAAGCCCAGU